CAAUAUGGCCUCUCCCUUCACACUUCACACCUUCACCCCCUCAUUUAUAAGCCCUAGAUCUUCCCAAAUCUCACACUCUUCAUUUCCCACAAAGGACAAUCUAUAAAACUCCCCUCUCUCCCUUGGCUUGCCUGCAUGAACUCAAACUCACCCAUACCCUUUACUUUUCUUUUCUAUACAAAUGGAGGAGGAUUGGGUUUUGGGGUUUUGGGUUUGCUUUUUGAGUGCUGUUUUAGGGAGCUGGUUUUGGAUGAACAAGAUGAGGAAUAUUGAUAACAAGGAUGGGAGAAUUCCAAAAGGGAACCUGGGUUGGCCUUUCAUUGGAGAAACUCUCCAAUUCAUUGCUUCUGGCUACUCUUCUCGUCCUGUCACCUUCAUGGACAAACGCAAAUCUCUGUAUGGGGAGGUGUUUAAAACAAACAUAUUGGGAACGCCCAUCAUAGUGUCGACUGAUUCAGAGGUGAACAAAGUUGUUUUACAGAACCAUGGCAACAUAUUCAUCCCAGCUUACCCAAAAUCAAUCACUGAAUUACUGGGUCCAUUCUCAAUUCUUCAAAUGAAUGGAAAUGUUCAGAGAAAAGUCCAUUCAAUCAUUGGAGCCUUCCUCAGGUCCCCACUCCUCAAAUCCCGAAUCACCAAAGACAUUCACAACACCGUUCGUCUCAGCCUCGCUAAUUGGAACCCCUCCCACUUGGUUUAUGUCCAAACCCAAACCAAACAGAUCACAUUCGAAGUUUUGGUGAAGGUGUUGAUGAGUGUGGGUCCGGGUGAAGAUUUGAAGAUUUUGAAAAGGGAAUUCGAAGAGUUCAUCAAAGGCUUGAUUUGCAUACCCCUUAAGCUUCCCGGAACUCGGCUCUAUAAAUCCUUGAAGGCGAGAGAGAAGCUGUUGAAAAUAGUGAGGAAAAUAGUGGAAGAGAAGAAAUGGGCGAUGGCGGAGAAGGCGGCUCCGGCGAAGGACGCGGUGGAGGUGCUGUUGGAGGACCACGAGGGGAGCCAAGGACUGCCGUUGGAUUUCAUCAGCAGCCACGUCAUAGAGCUGAUGAUCCCGGGGGAGGAGACGGUGCCGAUGGCGAUGACGCUGGCCGUCAAAUUUCUGAGUGACAGCCCGGUGGCUCUAGCCCAAACGAUGGAGGAGAAUAAGGAACUGAAGAAGCAGAAGGAUAGUUCUGGCGAGGAGUAUACGUGGACAGAUUUCAUGUCUCUGCAAUUCACUCAAAAUGUAAUUAGUGAAACAUUAAGAAUGGCCAAUAUCAUCAAUGGGGUUUGGAGGAAAGCUCAAAAAGACGUGGAAAUCAAAGGAUAUUUAAUACCACAAGGAUGGUGCGUUUUGGCAUCUUUUAUAUCUGUUCAUAUGGAUGAAGAAAAUUAUGCAAAUCCACAUCAGUUUAAUCCAUGGAGAUGGGAGGAAAUUGGGUCUGCAACUAACAACCAUAACUUUACACCUUUUGGAGGGGGACAGAGGCUAUGUCCCGGCAUUGAACUCGCGAGGCUCGAAAUCUCGAUCUUCCUUCAUUGCCUUGUCACCACCUACAAAUGGAGAGCUGAGAAGGAUGAAAUCAUCCAUUUUCCGACAGUGAAGAUGAGAAGGAAGCUUCCAAUCGCAAUCACAACCAUAACCUCAUAACCAGAUUCGAUCAUCUCAACAACUGCGAUAUCGAGCUGUCGAGGAAAUAAGGCAAAGAUCUUCAUACAGAUGUGAAUAUAUCAAAUGACCCAAGUUCUUUUUUUUUAAUCUUUUCUUUUCUUGUGAGAUAGAUAUAGCUAGACAGACCCACGAGGGGUCCUCUUUUUUAAGCCAUAACUGUACUGAUACAGGAAUUCUAGUUUUACUUUACAUGGAGCUCUCUCUACCAUUCUGAAUUAUGAUUCUUGUUCGUGCGUCGCCAUCUUUUUGACAGUUCAAGGGGUCCUUCCUUGUCCAUUGAAUACUGCAUUCAUUGUACCCAACGCCAUGUAUAAAGUUUUAACAUUUUGUGGCGAG